CGCCGCUUCCUUGUGUCAGUGAAGGUUCAAACAUGGCGCAGUGUGUGUUAUACCACAGGUUGUUUCACAGUAACGCUAAACUCCUGCAGACAUGUUCCUUCAGAUUCACUCACAGCGUUUCACGGAGAGAGAGCGGACUCGAACCCUCGCUGUCACCGCGGAGAGAGCAGCCCUGCCCGCAGGUGAACGUGAGUCACUGGCUCACCUGCAGAACUACACAGCAGCUGAAUGCACUGUGCACAAGAGCAUUCUCCUCCCUGCCUCCUCCACCCCCAUCAGAGGCUAAGCCAAAGUCGUCUGGACCUGUGACAUGGAAAUCUUUAGCAAUAACAUUUGCUAUCGGAGGCGCCCUGCUGGGAGGGAUGAAAUAUUUCAAAAAGGAAAAGGAAGAAUUGAUUGAAAAAGAGAGGCACAGGUCGAUAGGAAAAGCGGCACUGGGCGGUCCCUUCUCGCUCACUGACCACAACAAUAAGCCCACCAAGAGUGAGGACUUCCUUGGCCAGUGGGUCCUCCUCUACUUUGGGUUUACUCACUGCCCGGACAUCUGCCCGGAUGAAUUGGAGAAAAUGAUUGAAGUUGUGGAUGAUAUAGAUAAGAUAAAGUCUCUUCCAAACCUGAUACCUCUCCUCGUCACCAUUGAUCCCGAGAGAGACACAGUAGAGGCCAUGGCUACAUAUGUGAAAGAGUUUUCUCCGAAGCUGAUUGGCCUGACGGGGACAACAGCUGAGGUUGAGCAGGUUUCCAGAGCUUACAGAGUGUAUUACAGUCAGGGACCAAAGGACGAGGACAACGACUACAUAGUCGAUCACACCAUCAUCAUGUACCUCAUUGGGCCAGACGGAGAGUUUGCCGAGUAUUUUGGACAGAACAAGAGAAGCGUGGAGAUCACCAGCUCGAUAGCGGCGCACAUGAGAAAGUACAAGAAGGAGAAGUGACCUGCAGCCUGUUAAAGCCCAUCACAGACUGACACACUGUCCUCUGGUGGUGCUGUGUAAUCUGGUCAACUUAAUUCAUUAUUUAUUUUGGAUACGCUAUUAUAUUAAGUUAAUGUGUCUGGAGAAACAUUCCUUGCAAUGGAUGAAGACAGACCUGAGGCCUGCUGUUGUCCUAAUCUUCUCCAUUAUUGUCAAUAAUGCACUUCACACUCCGGCUGAUUCAAAAGACUGCACUUCCUGGUUGAAAAAAAUUAUAUAUGAACGCUUGAGCUCCAGCUCCUCAAUAUCUCUGAUUUCUGAUGCCAACAAGAAGGAAAUACCUGGAGACAAAUGUAACAAAUGUAAGAAAUGAAACAGUUGUUUUUGUGAAAAGUCAAAAUACAACACAAUUUUUUGAA